UCGUAUUCAUCAUUCGUUACACUAUUCACGUCACAUUAAUCUCAUUACAAUUAGCUAUACCUACUAUGGAAAGACUAAACAACAAAUAAUGGAAUUGCCUUCAGACUUCAGCUAUCCGUCGUAAUCGUAAUAAAAACCACCUCGGUCAAUUCUUCAGAUAAAGCCUGGGCAAGUAAUUAUUCCGCUUGAUUGAAAUUUAAGCAAACUCCGUUCUCAAACGCACAUGACUAAAAAAAAGGCACGCGUUUCUGUAAUUAUUUAUUCGUCGCUACGUGGCAACCAAAUCAAUGAAAUUCCCUUACAAGAUUCGAAUCUAACGCAAUGCAUCGGUCUGAGAAUUUUUUUAAAACAACAAACAACCAGACCAAGUUGUGUAUCUUUCGACUAGUUCGUUCGAUGGGAAACUUACAAGAUCAUAAAUGAAACAACAGACCGCCAACGAAAAUACUCGUGACGCCGAUCUACAAGUGAACCUCAUUUGUAAACGAUAUUUCAUUCAGAGAAAGCCUCAAACACCCUGCGUGCAACGCGUAGUACCCGGAUUUUCGGUGCAAUCGUAUCAAAAAAAUGUCACUGUCGAUUCGCCGCCAAAAGCCAUGGUGAAAAAAUCGUGUAUCGGGAAGACGUUAUUUCGAAUGUAUUACAACAGAGGAGACAUACCAGUUUGUAUGGAAUUUCGAAACCGAAAUAAAAUAGCUUGGAAGGUAGAUAUCGACGGUAUCGAUUAUCGACAUUAUUUACCCAUAUUUUUCGACGGAUUACGCGAGAUCGAACAUCCUUAUAAAAUACUCGCUAGGCAAGGUAUCAAAGACAUGCUGGAGCAUGGAAAAACUAAACUUUUACCUGUGAUACCACAAAUUAUUAUACCUAUCAAAAAAGCUUUAAAUACUAGAAAUAUAGACAUUAUUUGCUGCACGUUGAAAAUUCUCCAGCAACUGGUCACCUCUGCAGACAUGAUAGGUGAAACUUUAGUACCUUAUUACCGACAAAUCUUACCAGUGCUGAACAUUUAUAAAGAUACAAAUACAAACGUGGGAGAUGAUAUCGAUUACAGUCAACAGAAAGAACAAAACGUAGGAGACGCUGUACAAGAGACUUUGCAAAUAUUAGAAAGGUACGGAGGACAAGAUGCGUUUAUAAAUAUCAAAUACAUUAUUCCAACGUACGAAUCUUGCAUCUUGCAUUGAGAACUACGUCAUCAAA